AUGGUGAAUGAAAUUAAGAAAACUGAGGAUAAUGUCAUCAGUACAUUAGGUGACAUUAAACAAACAGUUUCAGAUUUUACGGACAUGUUUGCAGGCAUGAAGGAGAACAUAACCGAUGAAAUGUUAAAGAGAAGUGACGAGAUAAAAAAGAGAGAAGAAUCCUUCAAGAAAUUGUUUGAUGAGACAAGAACCCACCUCACGAGUGACAUGGAAGCUAAAAGAGAAGAACUUACUCAAUUACAAGGAAAACUUGAACGACCUCCGAUCGCUUUCCAUGCACAUUACGUGACAGAUUUGGUUCUUGAUACUUCAGAUAAGAUAAUUAUAUUUACGAAAAGUGUGAUUAACGAGGGAACAGGUUACGACACUUCUACUGGGAUAUUUACAACACCUGUUGGAGGACUGUACCAGUUUUCUGUGCAUACAUGUGCUUUUAAUAAGAAAUAUGCCUUUAUUGGUCUUGUGUUGGAAGAUAACGUUAUUGCAGCAAGUUCAAACUAUGAUGAGGAUUAUUACACCUGCAGUACUUUUGGAGCAAUAGUCAGAGUAAAACCAGGAGAAAAAGUUUGGGUCAAAUCAACAUCGUCAAGUUCUAACCGCCAGCUAUAUCAAGACGCAAUAACGAUUAACACAUUUAGUGGUGUGCUUGUCAAUAACUGA